UGGGCGGGCCGAGCGCCGGCUUCCGGCGGAAGAGCGCCGGAGCAAGAUGGCGACUACCAAGCGAGUGCUGUGGGCUGGCAGAGGAGGUGGAUGACAAAGUUCUUCAUGCUGCUUUUAUUCCUUUUGGAGACAUCACAGAUAUUCAAAUUCCUUUGGAUUAUGAAACAGAAAAGCACCGAGGAUUUGCUUUUGUUGAAUUUGAGUUGGCAGAGGAUGCUGCAGCAGCUAUCGACAACAUGAAUGAAUCAGAGCUCUUUGGACGAACAAUUCGUGUCAAUUUGGCCAAACCAAUGAGAAUUAAGGAAGGCUCUUCCAGACCAGUUUGGUCAGAUGAUGACUGGUUGAAGAAGUUUUCUGGGAAGACGCUUGAAGAGAAUAAAGAGGAAGAAGGGUCAGAGCCUCCCAAGGCAGAAACCCAGGAGGGAGAGCCCACUGCAAAAAAGGCCCGCUCAAAUCCUCAGGUGUACAUGGACAUCAAGAUCGGGAACAAGCCAGCUGGCCGCAUCCAAAUGCUCCUGCGUUCAGAUGUCGUGCCCAUGACAGCAGAGAAUUUCCGUUGCCUGUGCACCCAUGAAAAGGGCUUCGGCUUCAAGGGAAGCAGCUUCCACCGCAUCAUCCCCCAGUUCAUGUGCCAGGGCGGUGAUUUCACAAACCACAACGGCACCGGGGGCAAGUCCAUCUACGGGAAGAAGUUUGAUGACGAAAAUUUCAUCCUCAAGCACACAGGCCCAGGCCUACUCUCCAUGGCCAACUCUGGCCCAAACACCAAUGGCUCCCAGUUCUUCCUGACAUGUGACAAGACAGACUGGCUGGAUGGCAAGCACGUGGUGUUUGGAGAGGUCACCGAGGGCCUGGAUGUCUUGCGACAGAUUGAGGCCCAGGGCAGCAAGGACGGGAAGCCAAAGCAGAAGGUGAUCGUCGCGGACUGUGGGGAGUUUGUGUGAGAGAUGCUUUCUCUGCUGCCAGCCUCAGCUGUUUGAAGCAGGCAAUGUUUGUGCCAUGAGUCCUUCCUCAGGGUCAACUUGGAGCAGCUCCUCUGCCGGCAUAGCCUGGACUUUUCCCAAGCGUGGCUGUGGGCCCCAGAGCCAUGGGCAGGCUAUACGUGGCUACCGGCUUUUCCCAGCAUUUGCUGCUGGGUCUGUCCUGGGCUCUUGAACAUUGUCUUUGCUAAAAUAAAUCCUAGUUCUUGUA